AUGGCGGCCAAGACGGGGAUAUCCCAGCCCAACUGGGAACAGACGUCGCCCGAUGAAGAAUCGUGCAAACCAAGGUCAUUUAUCUCUUCUCUCUCUUUCCCCACUGUUAUUUCAAAUACCGCUACCCAUACGUGCCGUGGACCUGAAAUUAUCAUUCACUUUUCUUUUUAUUCAUUCUCAAUUAGUAUCCCUGACAAUCUAUUCCCUCUACUCUUCCUCCUUUCCACCCUUUCCUCUUCCUCCUUUCCACCCUUUCCUCUUCCUCCUUUCCACCCUUUCCUCUUCCUCCUUUCCACCCUUUCCUCUUCCUCCUUUCCACCCUUUCCUCUUCCUCCUUUCCACCCUUUCCUCUUCCUCCUUUCCACCCUUUCCUCUUCCUCCUUUCCACCCUUUCCUCUUCCUCCUUUCCACCCUUUCCUCUUCUCUAUCUAUAUUUAUUUUUUACUCCCCUUCCUGUUUAAUAUUCUUAUGUAG